CUCUUCUUCAAGCUCUACGAAUCGUCACUGAUAAAAGAAUAUCAUAUUCUUUCCACAAUUAUUAGCGACAAAUCACAAUGCCAGCAGCUGCACAACUUCCGAUCGUUGACCUCUCUUCACCAGACCACUCUAUCGCCGAUUCAAUUCGCCAGGCAUGUGAAGAGUAUGGAUUUUUCUACCUUAUCAAUCAUGGAGUAGAGAAAGAUUUAAUCGCUCAAGUUUUUGAAGAAAGCAAGAAUUUUUUCUCGCUUCCUUUGAGUGAUAAAAUGAAAUUGAUUCGCCAAAAUCACAGAGGCUACACGCCAUUACUUGCUCAGAAUCUCGAUGUUUCUUCUCCUAAUUCCAAAGGUGGUGCAAAUGAAAGUUUCUAUAUCGGUCCUUUAGAAAAUAGUGAACUUAAUCAGUGGCCAUCACAAGAGGUUCUACCGUCAUGGAGACCAAGGAUGGAAGCUUAUCAAAGAAAACUUCUGUCUACUGGAAAAAUAAUACUCUCUUUCAUGGCUUUGGCUUUGAACUUGGAUAAAGAUUAUUUUGAGAAAAUUGGAGCCUUGGAUCAACCACAUGCCUUUCUUCGUCUCUUACACUAUCCAGAUGUGGUGAAGCAUUCUGAGGAAGAAAUAUUUGGUGCUUCGGCACAUUCAGACUUUGGAAUGAUCACUCUUCUGGUGACUGAUGGUGUACCAGGACUUCAGGUUUGUAGAGAAAAAUACGAAGAACCACGGACCUGGGAGAAUGUGUUACAUAUGGAAGGGGCCUUCAUAGUUAACACCGGAGACUUGAUGGAGAGAUGGACUAAUUGUUCUUUCCGGUCCGUAUUACACAGAGUGAUCCCAGUAGGACAAGAACGCUACUCUAUGGCAUUCUUUUUAAAUCCUAACCCAAAUUGCCUUGUGCAAUGUUUAGAAAGUUGUUGCAGCGAAUCAUAUCCCCAGAGGUUUCCUCCAAUUCGCAGCGGAGACUAUAUAAAAGAGCGGGUGAGACUUUCAUUUGGCUCAUAGAGUGAAGCCUGAGCAGGAGCAAAAUUUAUAGAUGAUCUAUGGUCUGAACUCUGAUGCGUCUAUUGAAGUGAUGAUAGUAGAAAACUCAUUUUUCAUGCUUUGUUUACUAAUAAUACUGUGUAAUGCUUCUUUCCGGGCAUUAGACCUCAUGGGUCACCGAACUCUCUCCGUUUAUUAUAAAAUGAAUGCUAUAACUAAUUUUGUUUCUUUUUUA